CAUCCCCAUUGGACAAAUACGAAUUUCCGCGUCCGGUGGCUAAAGCAGGAAAUCUCGCUCCUGCCUGCAGACCGGGCGAGACCCGGACCCGGAUUUGGCUGAGGCGCUGGCGCAUGGCCACGGAGCUGGUGGCUGCACGGACAAUGGGCCCUGAGCGGAUCUGUCCCAAUGAGCACGAGGAGCUGGGACCGCAGGAGGUGCCUGAGGGAGCUGUGGACCCCCCUGGAGACUGGAGCAGCGAGGAGCCCGAGGAGGAGGAAGAGGGGGGCAGCAGUGGCAAUGGCUACUUCUACCAGCCCCUGAGCCAGGAUCCCGAGCUGGGGUCGUGGGACCAGGGUUCGCUGGCAGCUGAGGGGACACAGGGCCCUGCAGAGACAGCGCCUGGCAUCCAGGAGCGAUUGCAGAUGCUGAGGCUGCACCUGCCGGACCCCCCUGUGGAUAGCGAAGAGGAGGAGGAUGACAACGGAGCUGCAGCUCAGAGCAGCCGAAGUUCCAUCCCUAUGGAUCCAGCACACGUGGAGUUGGUGAAAAGGACGAUGGCUGGCGUGAAGCUCCCUACCCUGGGAAUCCCUGCGUGGGCCAGCGAGAUCUCGGAUGAUCAGUGGACGGCUAUGGUGCAGCGAACGCUGCAGGCCAGGCAGAGUCUCAGCGCCUCUAGGCCAGAAUGGAAAUGAAAUGCAGAGCCAGGGUCAGGUCCCUAUCAAGAGAGCUGAGUACAAAGUGCUACCCUGUGCACUUUAACCUCGGGUUAUGUAUGGCAGGCAGACCACCACCAUCCUUCUCUGGAUGGGUCAACGACCUUCCCCGGUGCUAAAGUGCUAAGAUGUUCAGUUUGUCUCCCACUGAGGAGAUCUGUUUCCUUGUCUCUUCCUUUCCCACUCCCAGCCAUUGGA